AGGGCUGUGCGGUUGGGCUGCAGAUUUCGCCUCAGGGACGGGGGUGACAGGCGCUUGCGGGUCUCGUGCUCUCCCUCCGAGUCUGCGUUACCGCGUACGUCCUCGGUGACGGACGUGGGAAUUCUUGGUGGGAACGAGGAUUUGCGAACGCAAGCGAUACUCGGAGGGGGGAUGAACGCGCCUAGAUUGUGACUGUGGCAAGUGGUCAAAAGUUCUCAUCUUUUUUUCAGAACUGCAUCUUAAACCAGUCGCCCAUUUCCGUGCCUGACUUGACUGGUUAAAGACAACUUUGCAGAGUUUUUCUUAUUUAAAUUUCAGGUUUAAUUCGUUGUCAUUAGUACGUUUACUUUUAGGGGAAGGGAUCCUACUGAAAGGCAAGUAGAGUUUCUUGUCUCCAGGAAGGCGAUUGAGAAGCGGGGUUCAGAGAGGCCUGACCCCCACGGAGACUCUGAAAGUUGCAAGCGACUUACUUUAAGAAAGGGCAUACCUAUUGUUCACUUGCGAUGGAUGGCAUCUUGAUCUCUGAUCCAGCGUUAGGCCAAGAAAUGGGGUCCUUCGGCAAGUUUCCAGAGAGGGUUGAGUUAGAGGCAAGGGCAAGGGAGAUUGUUGUGUCCCGCUUGAGAAAUAAUAGCUGGUGUGGACUCAUUUUCAUGGAGUCGGAAACUUGUGUUUUUUGAAUCCGUUCUUUUUAGAGCUUGGUACCUUCCUCCCAUGUUUUGGUCUGCCAAUCUAACUUCCCUCAACUACAUUCAACAUACAUAAAAGACCAGACUGCUGGUCCCUAAAGAUAAUAGAAAAGUGAGAGCUAUUGUUGGAACACUAUUGUCAUAUAUGGAGGUAUUCAGUUAUUGAUUACCCUGAAGAAAUCUGUUAGGGUUAGCCUGGGGAACUCCUUUACAUAAGAAAUUAGAAUGAAAGAACCUUUGGAUGGUGAACAAGACAAAGCAAUGGCACCACAGCAGGGGCUUCUGGACAAAAUUAAAGAAGAACCUGACAAUGCCCAAGAGUAUGGACAUGCCCAGCAGCCAAAACCCCAAGAAAGUGAACUGAAAAUUAGUGCUGUAUUUUCAGUUAGUGACAGUCCUCUUGCUCAGCAGUUGACCCCAGCCUUUCAGUUUUCUCUUGCAUCAUCUGGCCCAAAUAAGUUGCUUCCUUCAGUUCCAGCUGUAGCUAUUCAGGUUUUUUGUUCUGGCUGUAAAAAAAUGCUGUAUAAGGGUCAAACUGCUUAUCAUAAGACGGGAUCUACUCAGCUCUUCUGUUCCACACGAUGUAUCACGGGAUAUUCUUCACCUGUUUGCCUACCACCUCCACCCAGGAAGACCUGCGCAAACUGCUCCAAAGACAUAUUAAAUACAAAGGAUGUGAUCACAACCCAAUUCGAAAAUUCUCCUAGCAAAGAUUUCUGCAGCCAGUCAUGCCUGUCUUCUUAUGAGUUAAAGAAAAAACCUGUUGUUACCAUCUACACCAAUAGCUUUUCGACAAAGUGCAGUAUGUGUCAGAAGAAUGCUGAUAUUCGGUUUGAAGUCAAAUAUCAAAAUGUGCUACAUGGUCUUUGUAGUGAUGCCUGUUUUUCAAAAUUUCACUCUACCAACAAUCUCACUAUGAACUGUUGUGAGAACUGUGGGAGCUAUUGCUAUAGUAGCUCUGGUCCUUGCCAAUCUCAGAAGGUUUUUAGUUCAACAAGUGUCACAGCAUAUAAACAGAAUUCAGCCCAAACACCUCCAUAUGCCUUGGGGAAAUCAUUGAGGCCCUCAGCUGAAAUGAUUGAGACUACCAAUGACUCAGGAAAAACUGAGCUUUUCUGCUCUAUUAAUUGCUUAUCUGCUUACAGAGUUAAGACUGUUACUUCUUCAGGUGACCAGGUUUUGUGUCAUAGUUGUAAAACCUCAGCAAUCCCUCAGUAUCACCUGGCCAUGUCAAAUGGAACUAUAUACAGCUUCUGCAGCUCCAGCUGUGUGGUGGCUUUCCAGAACGUAUUUAACAAGCCCAAAGGAACACACUCCUCAGCAGUGCCCCCAUCUCAGGGCCGCUCGGUCAUAAGCCCACCCUCUGGGUCAGCAGUACCUACAGGAGGAGGUAAUAGCUCUGCGACUUCCCCCAGCUCCGCCAGUGGCUCCAGUGGCUCAGCCAGUGGCUCCAAUGGCUCUGCCGCAACCGGUCUCCAGCCUCUUGCUAAACAAUCCCAGCAAGUUGUUUUAACCCACAGAGUUGUUAAACUCAAGUGUCAGCAGUGUAAUCAUCUGUUUGCUGCAAAACCAGAACUUCUUUUCUACAAGGGUAAAAUGUUUUUGUUCUGUGGCAAGACUUGCUCUGAUGAAUACAAAAAGAAAAAUAAAGUUAUGGCAAUGUGUGAUUACUGUAAACUGCAGAAAAUUAUAAAGGAGACUGUGAGAUUCUCAGGGGUUGAUAAGCCAUUCUGUAGUGAAGUUUGCAAAUUCCUUUCUGCCCGUGACUUUGGAGAACGAUGGGGAAGCUACUGUAAGAUGUGUAGUUAUUGUUCACAAACAUCCCCGAAUUUGGUAGAAAAUCGAUUGGAGGGGAAGUUAGAAGAGUUUUGCUGUGAAGAUUGCAUGUCCAAAUUUACAGUUCUGUUUUAUCAGAUGGCCAAGUGUGAUGGUUGUAAACGACAGGGUAAGCUAAGUGAGUCCAUAAAAUGGCGAGGCAACAUCAAACAUUUCUGUAACCUAUUUUGUGUCUUGGCGUUUUGUCAUCAGCAAAUGAUGAAUGAUUCUCUUUCACAAAAUAAAGUUAAUAUUUCUAAGGUACAAACCACUUUCAAGGUGCUCCCUUCUGCAAGGACAAAUAUAACACCAGUUAUAACCAAUGUGGUAUCACUGGCAAAAAUACCUGCGGCCCAGCCCACAGCGAUCACUGACAGUGUUUUAAAAGGUGCAGUUAUUAAAGGGGCAGCAAAGAUCACUGAAGAUGAAAACACACGGGCAGAUGUCAUGAAACUUCUGUCUUCCCAGGCUUGCCAGCCUCCUAGGCUUUUAAAGAACAAAGCAUUAUUAUGCAAGCCUGUCACCCAGACCAAGGCCACUUCUUGCAAACCACAUACACAGCACAAGGAAUGUCAGACAGAUUUACCAAUGUCUAAUGAGAAAAAUGAUACAGAACUUGAUUCUCCACCUGCAAAGAAAAAGAGAAUGGGUUUUUUCCACACUUACGCUGCGGAAUAUUUAAAAGUUGGUUUUAUUAUCUGUCCUGGAUCGAAAGAAAGUUCACCAAGGCCUCAGUGUGUCAUUUGUGGAGAGAUCUUAGCCAGUGAAAACAUGAAGCUGGCAAGUCUUUCUCAUCAUUUGAAGACAAAACAUUCAGAAUUAGGAAACAAACCAUUAGAGUUUUUUGAACAAAAAUCUCUUGAAAUGGAAUGUCAAAAUAGUUCUUUAAAAAAGUGUUUACUGGUUGAAAAGUCACUUGUGAAAGCUUCUUAUUUAAUUGCUUUCCAAAUUGCUGCCAGCAAGAAGCCAUUCUCCAUUGCCGAUGAAUUUAUUAAACCGUAUUUAGUAGAAAUGUGUUCAGAAGUUUUAGGUUCAAGUGCUGGAGACAAAAUGAAAACCAUUCCCCUUUCUAAUAACAUGAUUGGACACAGGAUUGAUGAACUAUCUGCAGACAUUGAGGACCAGCUAAUUCAAAAGGUCAGAGAGUCAAAGUGGUUUGCCCUUCAGAUAGAUGAGUCAUCAGAAAUCUCAAAUAUCACUCUUCUUUUGUGCUAUAUUCGGUUCAUCGAUUAUGAUUGUAGUGAUAUAAAAGAAGAAUUAUUAUUUUGCAUUGAAAUACCUUCUGAUAUAUCUGGUUUUGAAAUAUUUGAACUAAUAAAUAAAUAUAUUGAUAGUAAAUCUCUGAAUUGGAAACACUGUGUUGGUCUCUGUACCGAUGGGGCUGCAAGUAUGACUGGCAGGUAUUCUGGUUUAAGGGCAAAAAUUCGAGAAGUUGCCACGAAUACAGUGGCAUUUACACAUUGUUUUAUUCAUCGGGAACAUUUAGUGGCAGAAAAGUUGUCUCCCUGCUUACAUAAAAUUCUUUUGCAGGCAGCACAAAUUUUAAGUUUUAUAAAGAGCAAUGCAUUGAAUUCACGUCUGUUAACAAUAUUGUGUGAAGAGAUGGGAUCUGAGCAUGUGGAUCUCCCACUUCAUGCUGAAGUACGUUGGAUAUCAAGAGGGAGAAUUUUAACAAGAUUAUAUGAAUUACGACAUGAGAUUAAAAUCUUUUUGAAUCAAACACAUUCAGAUUUGGCCAAGUAUUUUCAUGAUGAGGAAUGGGUUGCAAAGUUGGCCUAUUUAUCAGAUAUAUUUUCACUUAUAAGUGAGUUAAAUUUAAGUCUGCAAGGAACUUUGACUACUUUCUUCAACUUGCACAGUAAAAUCGAUGCAUUUAAGAAAAAGUUAGAAAUGUGGUUGAAGUGCACACGAGAGAAUGAUUAUAACAUGUUUCCUUCAUUUUCUGAAUUCUCAAACUCAUCAGAUGUAAACAUGAGCAGCAUCACGAACAUUAUCUUUGAACAUCUAGAAGGACUUUCUCAAAUGUUUGAUGACUGUUUUCCACCAGAUGAAGACUUGCGUUCUGGAAAUUUCUGGAUAAUUAAUCCUUUUAAGAAUCACCAAAAUAAUAAUCUCACCAAGUUUGAAGAAGAAAAACUAACACAGUUAUCUUCAGAUUUAGGAUUACAAUUGGAAUUUAAAUCAAUGUCUGUAACUCAUUUUUGGAUAAAUGCAAAGAGAAGUUACCCAGGACUCCAUGAAAAGGCAAUGAACUUUUUAUUACCUUUUUCAACUGUUUAUUUAUGUGAUGCUGCCUUUUCAGCUUUGAUUGAGUCAAAACAAAGAAAUCUAUUGGUUUCUGGCCCUGCUGUAAGACUUGCAGUCACAUCUUUAAUUCCAAGGAUAGAAAAAUUAGUAAAGGACAAAGACUAGCAAUAUGUAUAUUGCUCAUCAUCAAAGUCAAUAAUUUUGUGUUCAGUUUUGUAUAAGUGUCCUAAAAUAUAAUUUUCCUAAUGUGGAUUUGUUUUCAGUGGUUAAAUAAUGUUUUAAUUUUUC